AUGAGCUACUCGUACGGCGCUCCAGGCAUGCCCAUGCAGCACUUCUGCCCGCCGCCCUACGGCAGCCAACAGCACAUAUUUGUGCGUUUGUGGCGACGUCACGUAAGAGCUGCUUGUAAACAGCAAAAGCUCAGCGACCGAAAGAGAGAUUUCCGCGAGUGGCCGGCGAGCGACCUAUCAAAUCUCCCAUACUCUUCCUCCGUAAACGAGUUGCUCGUCUUUUCCCCGAAGGUCAUCGUGCACACCUGCUCCCACCCGGGCUGCGGCAAGACGUACACCAAGUCGUCGCACCUCAAGGCGCACCUGCGGACGCACACGGGCGAGAAGCCGUACCAGUGCAGCUGGAAGGGCUGCGGCUGGAAGUUCGCGCGCUCCGACGAGCUGACGCGCCACUACCGCAAGCACACGGGCGACCGCCCCUUCCAGUGCCGCCUGUGCGAGCGCGCCUUCUCCAGGUCCGACCACUUGGCGCUGCACAUGAAGCGCCACCUCACCAUGUGA